CCAAUCUUCUCGCGGUUACAUUAUGGACGGUGACUACGUUGGAAGAAGGAGUUUAUCAGAAGGCUUUUAAAAAAAGUUUCAGUUUCCAGAGUUUAAUACGGAAAAAAUCCAGCUUUAAAAGAAGGUUAGUGGAUAAUAUAUUGUGAUGAAGGUCGUUUUGAGGUCAUAUCCGACAUACGGCGCUGUUUGAACGAAAAUAUCCUCUGUCUGGGUGCGAUAAUUUAUGAAUUGAGUAAUGGUUACGAAGUGUUUCUGUUUCCUACCAUAUAUUUUCAGUUCUGGCUUUCAAGUCCAUGCUUCACAAAGUCACUUGAAGUACUAAACUAGUAAGAAAGCGUCCAAACAUUAUCAAAAUCGAUUAUCAGUCGCUUGCAAUUCGAUUGCCAUGUCGAACUGACAGAAUAACACCCAGCUUUAGCUUUUCGAUGAGCGAGAGCGAAGCAUCUUGGCCAUGGAAAGUUGUUAUUUUAAUUCGUUGCUUUAGCCUUGAAGAGUCGGUUUAAAUCCAUGACAUUUAAAUCAGAAGUUCUACUGCUGUUGUUUGCUAAACUUUCAUUGUUUUAAAUGAUGCAAGGUUCACGAAUUUCCAUUAAAGCCGGAAGUGAAGCGGAAGUUAGGAACUGAACAAAAACACUUUCUCUUUUGAAUGUUGGCGCGUGUGACAAAUUACUUCCUUUUUGUCACCCAAUCUAUGUAAUUAUACACGCACGAGAUGCAAAUUCCAACUCUCUGUGACCAUGAAUGCAUAUAAAAAGUCGGCGUAGAAAAAUUCGUUGAAAUACACAAAAAUUUUCAGGCGAAUCCUGCAUGAAAUCAGGAGCCAUUACUAAGUAAGGGGCUCCUGCGUGAAAUACAUUCAACCAAAAGGGAAUCUGCAAUUGGUUCAUUCACGUUAGCUACGAUGUACUUGAAGGAAAAAUCAUUAUCAAAUCAUAUAUUGGUUAUUUUUGGGGGGGCCGCAUUUUGCACACAUGAAUUGGCAGAACAGUUUCAAGCAGGAAUUGAUCAUUCGUCGGGCUUGUUAUUGAACCAUUUCAACCGGUGUCACCAUACAAGCUUUCAAAUGUUUAAGCAUUUGGUUCUUUUCACUAUUUUAUUUCAGUUAAGGUGAGCUGUCCGUCAGUAUUUUUGUCCUUAUUGUUUAUUAUUUGCAUGUAUUUUCGGCGGUAACGGCUGCCAAAAUACAUUUAUCCAUUUCAUAAUUGUGGUGACUUUUGGUAGAGGGGUGGUGGGGUGGGGCUUAGGGGUUAGCAAGAGAUUAUUAAUUCUUGGGGGUUAGCUAGUUAAGCUGUUGUUUACAUUGCUAUCGAUUCAACCUGAUUUCUGUUUUGAUAUGAAAUAUUUAGGUUUGUGGACGCGGCCUAAUUGGUCGAUAGAUGUGAUCAGAUGUGAGUGUUUAAAAACGGCUGUAACGUUUUAGAUGUGAGCGUCAGUCAGUAAAAUAUUUUUUUAGAGCAAUAGAGAGCUUUCCUCAAAAAUUAUGCAAACGUGGGACGGAUUCGAGGGUUUGUGUAGCUGUCUCGAAAGCUCUCGACCCCCUAAAGUUUAGAUGAGAUUACGUAAACAAGGAAAAAGUCCUAAUCCGUGGUUUACACGUGAAAUUGUGUAGGGAUUCUAAUCAGAGACAGGGCUCCGGGAAUACCAUGGCGGCCAUUCCAUUGUGCAUACCAAACAACUGCAGCUGGGAUGAAACAUCGGGAGCGUUCCAGCGCGACUCGAGUCAGCCCCGCACGGGACUUCAGCCUGUAAACCCGGCACUGCGGAAACUUCGGUCUAUUGGCGGACCAGUGUGCGUCGUGUCGAUAGCCGGGCCAUGCAGGAGGGGAAAAUCGUACAUCCUCAGCAGAGCGUUCGAUCAAGGGGACGUGUUCCCACUGGGGCAUUCGUUUGAUCCGGAGACCAUGGGAAUUUGGCUGUGGGUAGUACCAGAGAAAUACACGGAUGCUCAAGGCAGAGAGUUCACCGUUGUGCUGUUGGAUUCCGAAGGAAUUGAUGCAGUGAGUGCAGAGGGUAUUAAUGAUCACGCCAUAUUUACACUCAGCGUUCUCUUGAGCUCUGUAUUAAUUUACAAUUCUGUUGGCGUUCCCACAAGAACUGAUCUUGAGGGACUUGAGUAUCCUUUUCGACUCUACUACGUAUUAAUCUGCAGCUGAGUGUGCUCUUGUUAUCUCUUGUAUGUGUCUAUCUAUCUUUCAAUUAUAUCUAUCACUCGAUGCCUACGUUCAAUUAAAGCAUGUGCAAUCUCUAAAAGUUACAUUUAGCUUUCUCUUGUAGUCUUUCAUGAUCAUAUGCAUUGGUUAUUCGUGAUGAACAUCUUCCACAAAAUGGUGCAAGUUAUAAAAUGAAAGGAAAUUAAAUGUUUAGAUGCCUCAACGAGUGCUAGUCACAUAAUCAAGAUUUCUCAGCGGAUUCAAGUGGUCUCAGGACAACCUUUAGACAAAGAAGAUUCACAGCACGUGUUUCCUUCUUUUUGUGUGGCUGCUCAGAGAUGUUGUGUUAAGUCUUCCCAAGGGCGUGGAAAACUUAAAAGCGUAUUUCCUUGAAAAGGUAACCAUACCACAAAAGUUCAGAACUUGCCGUUGGUGAAUGGAACGGAACUGUAUUAGUCCGAACUGGUAGAAACAGUUAUGGCCAAAUUUGUUCUGGGGAGGGAAUUUUGAGUGCUGCAUGCUGCAGGCGAUGUUGCAAAUAAUUUCAAAACCCCUUUAAAUUUUAGACUUGCGUUCAGGCGCUUGACUGUUCACAGGACUGUUUAUCUUCUUGUGGAGCGCUUUUCAUCUCAACCGGUACUUACAAUCAAUUUUUUAGGCUUUCACUUGCUCAGACGGG